UGCAGCGGGAGGCCCCGGGGGCCCUGUGCGCGGCGCCGAAGCUGGGCAGCAGCGGCCGGCCAUGGGGGGUUCGGGGGAGGCUGGCGGCAGCGAGGCGUGGCGGGGCCGCUACUACCGGCUGGAGGAGGUGCAGCAGCACAACACCAGCCAGAGCACCUGGAUCAUCCUGCACCACCGCAUCUACGACGUCACCAAGUUCCUCGACGAGCACCCAGGUGGUGAAGAGGUCCUGAGGGAGCAAGCUGGGGGAGAUGCUACUGAGAACUUUGAAGAUGUUGGCCACUCCACAGAUGCAAGGACACUGUCAGAAUCAUUUAUUGUUGGGGAGCUACAUCCGGAUGAUAGAGCAAAGCUUCAGAAACCAACAGAACCUCUUAUAACCACUGUGCAGUCUAAUUCCAGUUCAUGGUCCAACUGGGUGAUCCCGGCAAUAGCAGCAAUUAUCGUGGCCCUGAUGUAUCGUUCCUACAUGUCAGAGUAAGCGCCUUACCAAGAACUAAUGUAAGAAGAGACUGAUCGGGGAGAGAAUAUAAGCAAUCCUAACCCAGUGUUUCCUGACGAAAGCCUGGUGUCUGAAGAAAAAUUCAACUUUUCCAGAAAACUGAACAGUUCUUCUCUGCUGUGCACUUUUCUUAAUGUUGCCUUCUUAUUUGCUGUACUGAAGUGAUAGAAAGGCAGCAUCUCUUUUUGUGUAACAAUUUAUUCUCUAAUGAAUUAUUUGAUAUCUAUAUUAGUUUCUUUGUUAAAGUAGUUUUGUAUGUAACGCCCUGAUUCUGGUUAUUUCUUUUUAACCUGUCAUGGGGUCUGUAGGACUUUCUUUGCAUAUCAAUUUUACAGCUUUAAAUUACUACCAAAACUUCGUACAUGUAUUUGUCCAUGUACACCACUUAACUCAAAAAUCAUGUUGUACUCUAAGAAGUAAAUAUGAAAUGCUAAUUAAAAUAAGCAUAAUGGGGAAAAAGCUGAGUAGAGUAGUGAGUAUGUAAGGGCCUGUAAGUGGUUGGGCCCUAUGUAAUGAGAUGAUAAACUAUAAUUAGGUGAUUCUUUCCUUCCCUCUUGACAUCUGCUCUUACAGUUGUUGUAGAUAUUCCUUCAGGCAAACUGUUCUGUUUGGCUGCCAUUGGAAAAUUCAGGCCAAAUAUGAAACCCGGUGUUCAGCCCAAUAAUGUUUGUCUCAGUUUUGUGAAAAGUAACUCUUCUGAGCAAAACAUAAAAAGGCAGAAAAUAAGUGCUGCGUGUAAUUCCACUACAGGUAAUGUAACUGCUACUAAGUAAUACUGUUUCUGCCAAGCACUCAGGUGACUCUAGAACUUGUUCUGGAACUUUUAGACUUGUAUGUAAUCUUCAACUUUGUCAUACAUUGUGAAGGGAAAACACUGAUACAUGGAGUCUGUUUCCGACUGUUCUGAUGUGUGCUCCUUGGUGCUUUACUACAGAGAUGACCAUUUUCUGUGCUAAAUACAAGAUAACUGAAAGUCUGCGUUUUGUGGCAAAUUUUUUGAGGCAUCUGUAAAUGAUCAUGAAUAAAAGUUUAAUUGCUUA